GUUUGUGAGGCUGUUAUGUCUGGACGAGGCAAGCAGGGCGGUAAGGCUCGCGCCAAGGCCAAGACCCGCUCUUCGCGGGCCGGGCUGCAGUUCCCCGUGGGCCGAGUGCACCGCCUGCUCCGCAAGGGCAACUAUGCCGAGCGGGUGGGGGCCGGCGCGCCGGUGUACCUGGCGGCGGUGCUGGAGUACCUGACGGCCGAGAUCCUGGAGCUGGCGGGCAACGCGGCCCGCGACAACAAGAAGACGCGCAUCAUCCCGCGCCACCUGCAGCUGGCCAUCCGCAACGACGAGGAGCUCAACAAGCUGCUGGGCAAAGUCACCAUCGCGCAGGGCGGCGUCCUGCCCAAUAUCCAGGCUGUGCUGCUGCCCAAGAAGACCGAGAGCCAUCACAAGGCCAAGGGCAAGUAGGGGCCUCGAUUAGCUUACAGCAAUUCGAAUAAAUCAAAUCCAAACCAAAGGCUCUUUUAAGAGCCACCCAUCUAUUCUGGAAAAGAACUUAACAUUUGUUUUAUAUUGGGUGAGAAAAGAAAGUGAGAUUUAAUCGGAAAAACUGAGUCGCAGCUACUCAUCCUCCAUCUUGUUGAAAACAAAACACCAUUGAUUAAAA